AUGAUGAACUUUAUCUAUGUAACAGCUUUACUCUGUUGGAUCUCUGUCUCAGUUUCUGAGUUUCACACUGUGGAGGUUCAGCCUGGUGAAGAAGUCACACUGAUGUGUUCCAACUUUAGCAGCACGCCCUCCAACAUAAUCUGGUUCAGACUGAACAACAGAUCCAAUGCCAGCUGCAUCUCCUCUAUGUUCAGCUCUGAUGCCAAUGCUUCGUACUGUGAUGGAUUUCAAAAUAGCAAAUUUAAUAUGAUGUCCAACACCACGACCAUCUUUCUUGAGAUCAAACAAGUGGAUUUAUCUGACUCUGGACUGUAUUUCUGCGGAUUUAUCUCAAAUGGAAACUCAGUAAUUAUCAGUGCAACUUAUUUGAAGAUUCAAGGUAAGAUUGUUGUUGUGAUCCUGGGUGCUGUGACUGUUUUCCUCAUCAUAGCUGUCACUGGUUUGGCUGUCAAAAUCAGUAAACUCCAGAGAGCUGAUAAUGAAGAACAGAAUCCACAACAGAGUGAGAAUCUGGACUCUGAUGACCUGAAGGACGCAGCACUGACUUUGCAUUCAACCACAAUAAGGAACAGGAGGCCUGCAUCAGAGAGAGAAGUGGAAACUUGUGUUAUUUAUGCUGCCAGCAGGUAGACACGAGAAGCUAAAAUUAACUGCGGCCCAUGCUGGAGCUGGAGUUUGCAUCAAUUUGGCAACAAAUAUCUGCUUUUGGGGAGUGCUGGUUAGCUCAGUUGGUAGAGCGUGUGUCCCAUGUACUAAAGCUCAGUCCUUAUUGCAGCGGCCUGGAUUCGAGUUUGACUGGUGACUAUUUUCUGCAUGUUGCUCCAUACAUUUCCUAUCCCUCUCCACCCCUACUAUCUCAUUAAAGG